CAACCUUCUCAUAUGAAAGUCUGGAAAAAGAAAUUACAACCACUUGCAGUUGGCAGUGAUGGCUGGCUAGCUCACAUGAAAGAAAUCUAUGAUCAUCAUGAAAUGAUGACCGAAUAUGAACAAGGAAGAAUUAUUGCUGGAAUACAAUGGGAUACCACUCCUGAUCAAGGUGAAUACCGGAGGGAUCUUUGCAAUCUUGUAAUGGAAGUUACCAACGCUCAGUACAACUAUGAAAUGAAAUUACUUGAAAUCUCAUCUGAAGUAAUACCCGAAAUACCAAUCGUAUCUGGAGCACUUAAACAAAGUGAACGCAAAAAACGCGAAAAGCGUCGAUUACAAAAAUUACAAGAAAUUGAACGGAAAAAACACGAAGAUACUGAAAUCUUAGAAGAGUUACGCUCUUGGGUCUACCGUUAUGAAACUAUUUUUGACGUCAACUAUUAUAGACGUGAAAUUGGUUUGGCAUUUCAGCCUUGUGCCAUUAUGGACGACAGACCGCUUAAACGACGUGCCAGUGAUAAUGGCAAUUUAGAUACUCAUUAUGGUUAUCACAAAGAUAAAAAGGUGGCAGCCCUAUGGGCUGAAAGAAAAAUACGGAUAGGUGCUUGUCAUUUAAUUGUUUUUUUCUCUUAUACCUGCUCCUUCAUCGGUCGUGUUGUUGGAGUAGUCUAUGGUAUAUAA